AUGGGCGACAGAGACCUCCUACCCGACAGCUUCAAGGCUGCUCACUACGACCUGAAGCUGACCAACCUCGACUUCAAGGACUGGUCGUACAAUGGCUCCGUGACCAUCGCCGGAAAUAUCACCAAACCCACCAAUGAGAUCGUCAUCAACGCUCUCGAGCUGAACCUCAGGAAUGUCAAGGUCUCUGCCGAGUCUGGCAAGGCAAGCACCUCAUGGAGCUCCUCAAAGAUCUCCUACGACACCCGAGCGCAGCGGGCCACCAUCUCCUUUGAUGCUGAGCUGCCCAUCGCCAAGGCCACCCUCACCAUCGACUUUGACGGCGUGAUCAACCAUGACAUGGCUGGUUUCUAUCGAUCCCAGUACAAACCUGUGGUCCCAGCUGCCGCCUCCGUUCCCCGUGAUGAUGAGUUCCACUAUAUGACCAGCACCCAGUUCGAGAGUACCGAUGCCCGCCGCGCUUUUCCCUGCUUCGAUGAGCCGAACCUCAAGGCCACCUUCGACUUCGCCAUUGAGAUCCCCACUGACCAGGUUGCCCUGAGUAACAUGCCCGUCAAGGAUACCCAGCCGACUACGGAGGGCAAGCAGCUUGUGUCCUUCGAGAGAACGCCGGUCAUGUCCACGUACCUGCUCUGCUGGGCAGUUGGUGAUUUCGAGUACGUAGAGGCCUUCACAGAGCGCAGAUACAACGGGAAGCAACUCCCUGUGCGCGUCUACACCACUCGCGGCCUGAAGGAGCAAGGCAAUUGGGCGCUGCAACACGCCCCCAAGAUCAUCGACUUUUUCUCUGAGCAAUUCGACAUUGACUACCCUCUUCCCAAGAGUGACAUCCUGGCUGUCCACGAGUUCACGCAUGGCGCAAUGGAGAAUUGGGGUUUGGUAACGUACAGGAUGACAGCUAUCUUGUUCGAUGAAGAGAAAUCCGAAGCCCGCUUCCGGAACCGCAUUGCCUAUGUUGUUGCUCAUGAGCUCGCACACCAGUGGUUCGGUAACCUCGUCACCAUGGACUGGUGGGACGAGCUUUGGCUCAAUGAAGGAUUUGCGACGUGGGCGGGCUGGUUGGCCACCGACCACCUCCACCCUGACUGGGAGGUCUGGCCACAAUUCAUCAACGAGGGCUUUGAGACGGCACUAAAAUUGGAUGCUCUCCGCUCUUCACACCCCAUCCAGGUUCCUGUCCGCGAUGCUCUUGAGAUCAACCAAGUCUUUGAUGCUAUUAGCUAUCUGAAAGGUUGUUCUGUCAUCCGCAUGCUGGCCAAUCACCUUGGCGUCAAGACUUUCCUGAAGGGAGUCUCCAUCUAUCUGAAGAAGCACACUUACGGCAAUGCCAAGACCGUGGCCCUGUGGGAAGCCUUAAGUGAAGCUUCCGGCAAAGAUGUUCCGGCCCUGAUGAAGCCGUGGAUCGAGAAGAUCGGCUUCCCCGUCUUGACUCUGGCCGAGGAACCUGGUCAGGUCACCGUCAAGCAGUCACGCUUCCUCUCAACCGGCGACGUCAAACCCGAGGAGGACUCGACAACCUGGUGGGCUCCCCUAGCCUUCGAGGGCAAGGUCGGUGCUGAGGGGGUUCAAGCUCUCGCUCUGACCGCCAAGGAGGACACUAUCCGUGACGUUGACGAUGACUUCUUCGUCCUCAACAAGAACGCGCCAGGCUUCUACCGGGUGAACUACCCACCGCAAAGAUUGCAGAAGCUUGGGACACAACUGGACCGCCUUAGCACGGAAGACAAGAUCUUCAUCACUGGCUCGGCCGCUGAUCUGGCCUUCUCCGGCUAUGGCACGACCCCCGCCUUGCUGUCCUUCAUUCAGGGCUUCAAGGACGAGACCCACUAUCGUGUUCUGAGCCAGGCUCUGGACUCAAUUAACGUGGUCAAAUCCAUCUUUGGUGACGAUGACACCAUAAAGCAGGGCCUGGAGAAGUUCACACUUCGUCUGAUCGACAAUGCCUUGAAGAAGGUAGGCUGGGAUAUUCCUGCUGGCGAGGACUUCAACACCAGCCUGCUGCGAAAGCGCUUGCUUCUUGCAGCCGGGACCAAUGGACACCCUGGUGUGACUGAGGAGGCCCUGAAACGGUUCUCGGCGCACUCGGCCUCUCCCAAGGACAACCCGUUGCACGCCGACCUUCGCAGUCCAAUCUACCGUGUUGCCUUGAAGUCUGAUCCUGCCGGUACAACCGCUUUCCUGAAGGAUCAAUGGUACACCACGGAUGCCGUCGAUGGCAAGGAGGUGUGCCUCACUGUCCUCGGCAAUUGCACCGACGAAUCCAUCAUCACUUCAACUCUCAUCCCAUUUGUGUUCAAUCUCUCACCACCAGCACCAGCCUCUGACUCUGUGCCCGCUGGAGACGCGCAUUACCUCUCGAGCACACUGGCCGCGAAUCGUGUGGCUCGCCCGCUCCUGUGGCAAUUUGUCAAGGACAACUGGGCCCAAGUGGAAAAGAAGCUUGGUGGCAACCCUAUCAUCCUGGAUCGCUUCGUCAACGUCACUCUGAGCAAAUUUACGACCUUCAAGGAUGUCGAUGACAUCGAUGCGUUCUUCAAGGACAAGGACCGCACCGCUUUCGAUCGCACCCUCGAGACGGCCAAGGAUAAGGUCCGUGGACGAGCUGCGUACAGGGAGAGAGAUGCAGAUGUGCUGAAGGAGUGGUUGAGCGCCAACGGGUAUACCUCAUAA